CCACUCCAGCUUCAGUUCCAGGAGGCCCUCCUGAGCGGCCUGCCCUCCUGGGGCCAUGGAGAAGGCAGCCCGCAAGGGCAGAAAAGGCAAAAAGAUCGGCUUCAAUGUCAAGUCAUCUAUACACAACUUGAGCAAAACUCAGCAGACCAAACUCACUGUGAGCAACCUGGGCUUAGGCCUGAUCAUCAUCCAGCAUGGGCCCUACCUCCAGAUCACCCACCUCAUCCGGAAGGGGGCUGCAGCCAGGGAUGGAAAACUCCAGCCAGGUGAUGUUCUGAUUAGUGUUGGCCAUGCCAAUGUGUUAGGAUAUACUCUUCGAGAAUUCUUAAAACUUUUGCAACACAUCACCAUAGGAACAGUGCUACAAAUCAAGAUUUACCGAGAUUUUAUUGACAUACCUCAAGAAUGGCAAGAAAUACAUGAUUUAAUCCCUGAGACCAAAUUCCCUGUAACACGCACAACAGAGAAAACUGAGCAGGCAGCAGAGGACUCUCUCACAAGCAGUGAUGACAAUGAAGAUGUAGUUUCAGAUAAAAAAUUUAAGUAUUAUAAUUAUUCAAGGUCCACCGGGCAUCACUCUGCAGGGAGACCAAUGUUUAUCUCCAGAGAAUGGCAUGGCUAUAGAAAGAAGAACCGUACUAUCAGUGUGGGAAAAGGCAUUGGCUCCGAUGUGGUGAUUCACACAGAUCACAGGAGAGCAGGGAGGCCUCCUUCUCCGUACUGGACAAUGGUGAAGCAAGACAACAAAAGUUCCUCCUCCUCCGUGGCCUCUGCUAACUCAGAUGCAUUUUGGCUAGAAGACUUUGCCCAAGUUGAAAAGGGCAAGGAUCAACCUGUAUCAAAAGUUGCUUAGGCAGCAGUCUGCAAACUGGUGCUCACACGAGUAUCUAUCUUGAAAACAUCCGAUUUUUGUGCAUUCAUUGCUAUGUACAGGUUUGCUAUACUUACAGGAGGAAUAUGUGCAGACUUACCAUUUCUUUCACAAGUGCAUUCUGAUGCCUUCAGAGACCUUCUUCAAUGUGAUGUCCACAGACUUCUCUGGGGUCAGACAGGCCUUCCCACCUUAUUCUCAAAAUAGCAACAUCAUUCACAUCAUUAACAUACUCUCUUCUAAGAAGAAUGUCUCAGUUUUUACAAAAUGUGGCAGAGGAACCCAGGAUAAGAAUGUAUGGCCGUAGAGAGAAUUUCACUUUUUAAGCAUCUAAAACAAAGAUCUCAGCAUAAAUACUUGAUUAACUAAUGGCAAAGACACGAGAAAAACAUUUCAACAGAAUGUUUUAUUGACUUUAAGUUAGCUGAGAACAAUUUAUAUAUUUAUGCUUUAAGACAUUUCACCUAAUAAAAAAAAGAUAAAUGUUUUAUUAGAGAUUUUUGACUUUCAUGUGUUUGGUGCUCUGGGCUGAGAAAAUGUUCAGCUCUUCCCUGUUUUAGAAUUUACAACUCAUCAACGAAAGGUGUGUGGCCCAGAUUUCCACUUGCUGCCAUCGACUUCCGGCCAGAAACAAACUUCUUUGCAGCCUUGAAGUAAACAAACAAACAACAGGAAAAGUUAACAGAAAUAAGAGAAUGUAUUAUCCAGUAGAUACACUUCUCUGUUUUGUUAUUUCGAGGGUUUACGGACAGGGCAUCCUGAGCCAGCAGUUCUAUUCCAGCCUCCUGUGAGAUUACUACAGUCGAGGGCUGGUGCGUUAAUUUGUGACAACUCGGGAAGAAAAGCUCAGCUGUCCCUUUGAACGCUCCCUCACACGUGUGACUGAGCAAGUGUGGUGCUCCAGACAGGAGGGUGGCUGAUAAAACGGGGGACAGGGAAAAACUCCCUCACAUUUCAAAACAGGGCAGAGUUGGCCUAAGGCAGGGCAGUACUUUACUGUUUCUGUAUUGCAAUGGCCAACAGUCUGAGCCGAUAAAAAUACACUGUCAACAUAAAAGUCAAACUUUAUAUCCCUGUGUCCUUUAUGCCACUACUUCAAACAUAACGGCUGGCCGUUGAGGUUAGAUGUACCGUGUCUCAGGCACAGGGUGACCGCGUAGAGGCAGCUGGGCUGGGAUUCCCACGACAAUAGUACACGAAAGGAGGAGAGCCAUUUGGAAGGAACGAUGAACUUAGGGGCCAAGGGAAAUCAAGUCAAGGUCACGACCUUCAAAUUCCGUUUCUUUUUUUCUCUUUCCUCAUUGUCCCUACAUUAAGGUGGAGCUGUUGGGGAGAAGAUGGUUGAGACCUCUACAAUGCCAGAGUCAUCAACAUUUUUCAUGUGGGAAGAGCUGGGAAAACCCACUGAUUUUGGACUUAUUCUGUAGUUUAUAUGUUUGUUAGGCACAGUAGAGAAUACAAAAAAGUAUAAGACGUGGUCCUGACCUUCAAAACAACUCAGUCUCACAAUAACAUAAGUGAAAAAAAAAUACAGCAAUAGUAUAAUGUCUCCUGCUCAGAAGAAGAACGAAAAUCCUGAGAUCCUGGAUCGUGCGGGAUUGGCGCGAUAGUUUAUUUCUUGGGAGGAGAAAAAACACCCAAACUCAGCUAUUAGGUUGAAUCACAGGAAAUUACCAAUGUUCAAGUCUUCUUGACCUAUAAGAAUUUAAAAUGAUUUAACCUAUUGGUAAUUUAGUUGAAUGAGGAAGAUACAUACACCCUGAGUUGAUAAGGAAGCCCUUUACAGACGUGGUAGUAGUGAGCCCUCCUCCCUCCACACCAGGUAGACAGGCGCCCAACAGCAGGACAGUUACAUAUAGAGCCUAAGGGAACGUAUGCAUUCCUUUGAAAUUGGAUCAUCAAGGUCAAAUUAUUUGAUGUUAAAUCCUAAGUUUUCAUUUGCUUACAUUUACAACAUCCGCGUCUGCUACGGAGUCAAUCUGCUGAAGGACUGUGGCUGGCGGCGUGUACGAACCAGCAACCAGAGCCUGGGACCCGACUUCGUCCAGGAAGCCCUCAGAAGACUCCACUGACAUCAGGUAGCCAGCUUUCAGCUUGUUCCUGUCCAGUAAAAGGAAGACUAAGAACCUUACAAGAAGUAUCAACUCCACCAAAAUGGCAGAAAAGAAACUGGGGUCUGCUUAAGAAAAUACAUUUUCUCAAAUAAAUUAGAUUUGAAACUGAUUUUUCCUCAGUAAA